GACGACACUCCACCAAUUUCUUGGAAUACAAGAUGUAAAAUUGUUCAAGGUACAGCAAAUGGUAUCAACUUUUUGCAUGAAAAUAAUCAUAUUCACAGAGAUAUUAAAAGUGCAAAUAUCUUAUUAACUGAUACAUAUAUGCCCAAAAUUUCUGACUUCGGACUUGCAAGAGCAUCUGUAACAUUCACACAAACAAUCAUGACUGAAAGAAUUGUUGGAACAGCAGCCUAUAUGGCACCUGAAGCUCUACGAGGAGAGAUAACACCUAAAUCUGAUAUCUUCAGUUUUGGAGUAGUCUUACUAGAAAUAAUAACGGGUCUUCCUCCAGUAGAUGAAAACCGGGAGCCACAGUUACUGUUAAGUAUCAGAGAUGAUAUUGAGGAUGAGGAAGCAACUAUUGAGGAUUAUGUUGAUGAAAAGAUGUGCGACUGGGAUGCACCUUCAGUUCAUAAAAUGUAUUCAAUUGCUGAUCAGUGUCUGAAUGAGAAAAAAAACAGAAGGCCAGACAUUAAGAUGGUUCAACAGCAUCUAGAAGAGAUAAAAACUUGA